GCAACACCGAAUCUCCUUCCAUUUCCAUCCUCCCAGCCCCCUGUAUCAUGGUGUUUAACGGGAAGCCAUCUCGAGCCUGUGCUCAUUGCAGACGGAGGAAACUUCGUUGCGAUCUUCACAAGGAUGCGUGCGGUCAGUGUGUGAGAGCUGGUCUAACAUGCUCGGGCUACCGCGACCCCGAUCAAUUAAGAAUCCGAGAUGAGAGCCAGUCAGUCAUUCGCAAAGCUCGAGGCCUGCCUUCAGCACCAAUUGCAACGAGUAUCGACACUCCACUCGUGGACAGGGCAAGGGCAGCCUUCUUCUCCCAUUACGUCCUUGGGUUCGCCAAAACGUAUGAUGUCCUGGAACGGAUUGGUCGACAAGCUCCGCUGGACAAGCACUUAGCAGUCAGUGUUGAUGCCGUGAGCUUGGCUUUCUUUUCUUUUCAAUACGACGCUCCACGUGCCUUCAAACCCUCUCGAGAAAUGUAUCUGUCCGCUCUUCCGCUGGUCAAAAAUGCCGUGACAACUACGGAGUUUCUCGCGUCGGACUCGACUCUGUUGGCAGUACUUCUUCUCGACCUGUUUGAAAAGUUAACCAACCGCAGUCCCAUCUCAUCUGAAUCAUGGAUGAGCCACGUCAAGGGUGCAUUGGCACUUGUUAAGCUGCGCCGACCCCAGCAGCUUGAAACUUACGUCGGCUUACGGCUAUCAGUUCGCCUGUUCACGAACAUGCUCAUAAGCUGCGUGGCGGGCGACUCCCCAAUUCCACCUGCGUUGAUCAAACUCCGCUCAGACAUACAACCUCAUGUCGACGUGAAUGAUCCCAAAUGGCGGGUUUCUGGCCUGGUAAUGAAGUAUGCCAACUUUCGCGGAGCAGUAAGGGAAGGCUUUCUAAAGCCUUCUGACGUCAUCACGCAAGCAAAGAGGCUAGACAGCGAAUUUGGCUCACUUGCUAGGGACAUGCCACCGGCGUGGAUUUCACACAGGAUUUCAGUCCCGACGGGCUCGCCUGGAGUGCUGGAGCAUUAUUACGACGUCUAUCCGGACUAUUUCACGGCACAGACUUGCAACGUUAUCCGAAUCAUGCGAAUUCUGCUGAACAAUCUCAUCCGAACCACAUAUGCGAGCAUCAUCUCAGACAGCACAGGUGUCCAUCAUCACGAAUUGAAUGUCGCCUUCGCUUCUCAUAUAAUCGACACCAUGGCAAAAGAGAUCUGUGCCACAGGACCUCAGUUCACACAAAAGCCGACCCAUUCUUCACCCCUUCGAAAACUACACUGUUACACACUUCUCUUUCCUUUCUACGUGGCUGCCAUGUUCGCAAGUCCUGAGACAAAGGUCCGGGACUGGGUGAUUCUGCAAUUGAAAAGCAUUUCCGGCCACUCGGCUAUACGAAAUGCCAGCAUUGUGGCUGAAACACUUGAGAAGAGACAAAACACAAGUCCCUGGUCGAUGUAUGCCAUUCUGGGCAGUUACGCAUUCGCAGCAUAGCUCGCAAUAGUAUAGCGAAUACCUCCCAGAUACCCUGUUUCAGAUCGCGAUCCAGGACGGCGGCACCAUGGGGAUUAAUAACGAGGUACACGAGCCGACAGAUCGGCCCGUUACAGCCUGUGAUUGAGGCCGGCUGAAAACAUAUUGAACAUGGUGUCGUGUUGACGGGUGCGGCUCUCUCAGUGCAUCAGAAGAAUGGCAGAGGCGCAGUUGGGACAUCUUCGUGAUUACCUACAACACUGCUCUAGGACAAGGCCGUCUCACACCGUAUGAAGUCAACUCACCAAUAUCCAUGGAUCACACAGAAUCUCUCAUUGGUUUUCAGCUCUGAUCGAGAACUGGAAAAUGUUGGACAUAUACCCGAUGCGAGUAUUUUCAAGAUAACGGAAGCAGUCUGGAGAUGAUGUCUGUGGCCCUGGACGCCGGUGGACAGCAUUAGGAAUGGGAACCAGCAUCCGCGCCGCCUAUCUAUGGGGGUAUCUAGCUAGUCUCUCUUUUUAUGUGGGGCUAUUGGACGACUGAUUACAUAUUGCUCUCGAAGCUCUGGUUCUCGCAAGUGCAACAAGGCUGAGCGUUCCAGUCGGUCAUCCGGCAACGUCCCCCCAAAACUGCAGCCCCCGGUCCCGUCUUCUGCUCACGAUUGUUCAUGGAAGAUUGCAAAAAAGAUUCAAACAGCAAAAACAAUCAACAGUCAGGAUUCCCAACUGGUCACCCACGUUAGUACUAACUGACCGGCAUG